AUGUCCAGCAAGAAGGUACUUGUUAUUGGAGGCGCUGGCGCUUUGGGUCGUGGCGUUGUUCACCGCUUUGCGCGUGCGUCGUGGGGCACCACUUCAGUGGGCUUUGCAGCGAACGAAGAGGCAGAACACAACGUGCUGUUGCCCAAGGACAACGUGCUCCAGCAGGCAAAGCAGACGCUGCAUGAGAUCUCCAGCAGAUGUGGCAACGUGAGCUCUGUCGUGUGCACAGCAGGAGGCUGGGCAGGAGGCAGCAUCCGUGAUGCAGCUUCGCUUGCGAAUCUGUCGGACAUGACGGUCCAGAACCUCGAGUCGGCCUUCUUAGCGACGUACUUGGCAAGUCACCUGCUCGUGCCUGGAGGUUUGCUCGUUCUGACUGGGGCGACGGCAGCGCUCAAGGCGACACCGGACAUGGUGUCUUACGGAGCCAGCAAAGCGGCGACACAUCAUCUGGUUGCUAGUGCCGUGACUGAGCUGCCGGAAAAAGCGUCAGUGCUGGGCGUGCUGCCAGCGACGAUCGAUACGCCGAUGAACCGCCAGUUCAUGGCCGACGCCGACUUUUCGAGCUGGACCAAGGUGGAGGAUAUUGCCCAGAAGAUCUACGAAUGGUCGAUUGCUUCCCAUGCUGCUCGUCCUCCAAGCGGACACCUGAUUGCCUGCGCCACGAAGAACAAUAAGACGGCUUGGACGGACGCGGGCAGUCCAUUUAUGUAG